AUGGCAUCACUUCGUUCCGGUCUUGCAUUAGUACCACGCGUAGUCGGUCGCCGACAAUUUAGUUUAACUCAACGAUUACGUUUAAAAGACAAUUGGGACCAAGAAUGUUUACCUGGUGCCAACGCCCCAUUUGACAUCAAUAACAAAUGGAGUCUAGCCAUAAAAAUGGUACUUUACGUAACAUCGGCUGUUGCUAUUCCAUUCGUGGCUAUGCGUUGGCAAUUACUUAAAAAACGUGCUGGUUAA